UACACAACAGCUGUCUCAGGCAGGCGGAAAAAACAGAAACUGUUUCAGUGCCGGCGGCCAGCGAGAUUAUUUCGGGAAAAGCAGCCCAAACUUCACCGCUCAGCCCAAGCAAGAACCUAAAACCAGCAGCCAUGUCCAGCGAUGAGUGCAGCAGCGACAGCAGCAGUGCCAGCGAGGAGCGCAAGCGGAAGCACAAAAAGUCCAGCAAAAAGUCAAAAAAACACAAAAAGGAAAAGAAGCGCCGCCACAAGGAGAAGAAGCGCAGCAGGCGGGAGGAGGAGCUGCCACAGCCGCUGCCUGCGUUAAAGCCAAUAAUCUCUGCAAGUCUGCCGCCUGCUGCAGAGCCAGAGGGUGCCUUUGGUGCCCCACUGCCGCCGCAUCUGCGUCAGGAGGUGCAGACAGAACCGCCACAGAUGAUAGGCCCCAUGCUGCCCCAAGCAGUCUCCCCUGCAGCAGCAGAGAGUGCCGGGGAGGAGGAUGAUGCUGAUGCUGAUGACAUGAGUGGCACCUUUGGCCCACUGCCAAAUGCCACACAAGUGGAGCUCGAGGAGCGUGCGCUGGCCCUCAAGCUGUCUGUGCUGCAGGGGGGCGGACUGGGACCCGCCACCAAUGACAAGGACGGGCGCGAGGAGUGGAUGCUGGAGCUGCCCGAUGUGGGCCUGAAGGGUGGCCUGGCAGCGCUGAACAACCUCAAGCGCACCUUUCACCAGGGCAAGGAGCGGCCCGAUUUCAGCGAUCGUUCCGAGUGGACAAAGACGCCGCAGAGUGUGGCAGCGGCGGCCAUGGCUGGGCCGAAGCCCUGCAGCUCCCAGGAGCUGGAGCAAAUGGCACAGGAGAGAUAUGUGCAGCAGCGGGACGACGAACAGGAGCGCAUGGCCAAGAAGCACAAAAAGAAACACAAGCGGGACGAGUCACUGGUCGCCAUACACCAAAAGAAGCUGCGCAAGGAGCAAAAGGAGAAGGAGAAGGAACUGGCUGCGGCUGGCCUAAAGGCGGAGCGACGUCCGUUUAGUCGCGAUGUGGACCUGAAGCUCAACAAGAUUGACUCCAAUCAAACCAAACAGAUUGUGGACAAGGCCAAGAUCCUCAACAGCAAGUUCUCCCGCGGACAGUCCAAGUAUCUCUGACAAAUUUCGCUCUAGAAUUAUUUAUAAAUAUAAGAAAAUUUGACAAAAUGGGAAAA